CCCGCCUCGCCUCCGCCCGCGUCCGUCCGGCGUCUGCGCAGUGCGGCCACGUGAUGCCCUCCGCCCCGCCUCGCGCGCGCCCCGCCCCGCCUCCACGAGUGCGGCCUCCGCGUGUGGCGGCGCCAGCUGACAGCCGCGGUGCUGAGGUUGGGAGCGGUGGUCAGGAUGGCGGAGGAGCAGGAGUUCGCCCAGCUCUGCAAGUUGCCGGCACAGCCCUCCCACCCGCACUGUGUCAGCAACACCUACCGGAGCGCACAGCACUCUCAGGCGCUGCUCCGGGGGCUGCUGGCUCUGCGGAACAGCGGCAUCCUCUUCGACGUGGUCCUGGUGGUGGAGGGGAGGCACAUCGAGGCCCAUCGCAUCCUGCUGGCUGCGUCCUGCGAUUACUUCAGAGGCAUGUUUGCUGGGGGGCUGAAGGAGAUGGAGCAGGAAGAAGUCCUGAUCCACGGCGUGUCCUACAACGCCAUGUGCCAAAUCCUGCAUUUCAUUUACACGUCCGAGCUGGAACUCAGCCUGAGCAACGUCCAGGAGACACUGGUUGCCGCCUGCCAGCUUCAGAUCCCUGAGAUCAUCCACUUUUGCUGUGACUUCCUCACGCCCUGGGUGGAUGAGGACAACAUCCUUGACGUCUACCGGCUGGCUGAGCUCUUUGACCUGAGCCGCCUGACCGAGCAGCUGGACGCCUACAUCCUCAAGAACUUCGUGGCCUUCUCGCGGACUGACAAGUACCGCCAGCUGCCCCUGGAGAAGGUCUAUGCCCUCCUGAGCAGCAACCGCCUGGAGGUGUCCUGCGAGACGGAGGUGUAUGAGGGCGCCCUGCUCUACCACUACCCUCCGGAGCAGGUGCAGGCUGACCGGCUCCCGCUGCAUGAGCUGCCCAAGCUCCUGGAGACCGUGCGCUUCCCCCUCAUGGAAGCCGAGGUCCUGCAGCGGCUGCACGACAAGCUGGACCCCAGCCCCCUGAGGGACACGGUGGCUGAAGCCCUCAUGUACCACCGGAACGAGAGCCUGCAGCCCAGCCUGCAGGGCCCACAGACCGAGCUGCGCUCGGACUUCCAGUGCGUCGUGGGCUUCGGGGGCAUCCACUCCACGCCGUCCACUGUCCUCAGCGACCAGGCCAAGUACCUGAACCCGCUGCUGGGGGAGUGGAAGCACUUCACCGCCUCCCUGGCGCCCCGCAUGUCCAACCAGGGCAUCGCUGUGCUCAACAACUUCGUGUACCUGAUUGGAGGGGACAACAAUGUCCAGGGCUUCCGUGCCGAGUCCCGCUGCUGGAGGUACGACCCGAGGCACAACCGAUGGUUCCAGAUCCAGUCGCUGCAGCAGGAGCACGCCGACCUGUGCGUGUGCGUCGUGGGCAAGUACAUCUACGCGGUGGCCGGUCGCGACUACCACAAUGAUCUGACCGCUGUGGAGCGCUACGACCCUGCCACCAACUCCUGGGCCUAUGUGGCCCCGCUCAAGAGGGAGGUGUAUGCCCACGCGGGUGCCACACUGGAUGGGAAGAUGUACAUCACGUGCGGCCGCCGAGGGGAGGAUUACCUGAAGGAGACCCACUGCUACGACCCGGGCAGCGACACCUGGCACACGCUGGCUGACGGGAUGGUGCGGCGGGCCUGGCACGGCAUGGCCACCCUCCUAGACAAGCUGUACGUGGUCGGGGGCAGCAACAACGAUGCGGGCUACAGGAGGGACGUGCACCAGGUGGCCUGCUAUAGCUGCAAGUCUGGGCAGUGGUCAUCCGUCUGCCCGCUCCCAGCGGGGCACGGUGAGCCCGGCAUCGCCGUGCUAGACAACAGGAUCUACGUGCUGGGUGGCCGCUCGCACAACCGGGGCAGCCGCACUGGCUAUGUGCACAUCUAUGACGUGGAGAAGGACUGCUGGGAGGAGGGCCCGCAGCUGGACAACUCCAUCUCGGGCCUGGCGGCCUGCGUGCUCACCCUGCCGCGGUCCCUGCUCCUUGAGCCGCCCCGCGGGACGCCUGACCGCAGCCAGGCCGACCAGGACUUCGCCUCUGAGGUGAUGAGUGUGUCUGACUGGGAGGAGUUCGACAACUCCAGUGAGGACUAGGGUCCCAGGCCAGGUGGGGGGUGCGGGGGAGUGGUAGCUCCCAGCUCCCCCCACAGCACUUUGCCCUGGAGCACUUGACCCCAGGCUGGCAGCGGCCUUCCCUCCCGCCACCUCCCAUCGGCAGGUAUUUUUGGGGCCCUGCAGACCUGUGGCUGUGGAUCACCCCACAGUGGGAAACCUUCGGGAAGGGCUCGGUCCCCUGAAGUUCACCGGGCUCUCUCCUCAGCGGGGAUGGGCUGUGCCGCCACCAGCUGUCCUGGCCUCCCUGCUCCCUGGUUCUGGUCCCUACUGAGCCUAGAGGGUGCCAUUCUCCCAAGGGACCUGGGAACUGGCCCCUGGUGAGGGAGCCAGGGCACAUCUUGUCCCUCUCGUCGGCAGGGAGGGGGCGGGCUGAGCCCAUUGUCUGCCCAGCAGCUCCCGGGGCCAGAGCGGGAGAGAGAUCCAUCAGGUUGCCUGAGGCUGAUUCUGUAAAAUGAUGCCCUGUAGCUGGGCUUUUUGGACCCCAUGUUGUUGAUAAAUGAAAUAAAUCAUCUUACAUGA